CUUGCUGCUUAUCUACUUUUUCAGUUGACUACGAGAAUUAGUCUUGGCACUCCCGGUCAAUCGUUUGAUGUGUCGCUUGACACUGGUAGCGAUAUAUUAUGGGCCCGUUCGUCAAUCUGCACUGGAAAUGGAUGUGCAAGUGGCCGCAAAUAUAACCCAGCCUUGAGUUCAACAUUUAUCAAUGGUCACACAGCAUGGUCUAUAAUUAACUAUGCCGAUGGUACUGCAGUGAAUUACACUUUGGGUAAUGAUGCAUUGACAAUUGGCACAGUGUCCCAGCCCAACGUCACGUUUGCUAUUCCAACCUCGGUCACUAUGCCCCCAUCUGUACCAGGCACAGAUGGAAUCAUUGGUCUUGCUCCUCCCAGUUUCAACAAUCAAGGGACUGACACACAAUUUAUGCAAUGGCUUUCUUAUUCAUUUGCUGUACGCCAAGUUUCUGUCUGGCACGAUGUGAUGGUCAAAGAAGACCAAAACGAUCGAUCCGACAAUGGUGGCACAAUCACAUAUGGUGGCAUUGAGCCAGGUCGAUCGUCUGGAACCCCUCACUGGCUUCCUAUCCAACUCACUAACAUUCCUGGCAGCAGUAACUAUUGGGUCGUUAACAUGGAUUCAAUCACUUUUGGUGGUGGUGCUAUUCCCAUGCCUUUGGAUGCUAGCAUGGCACUGGUUGAUACUGGUACAGCUCAGCUUGUAUUGGGUCAGCAACUAUUUGAUGUUGUUAACCAGCAGAUGGGUGGUAUCGAUAACGGUGCUGGUCAAUAUACUCUUGAUUGCACCAAGGCCAAAGCUUUCCCGAAUCUUGUGCUCACUCUAGGCGGCAAAGCAUUUACACUUACCUCGUCUCAGCAAUACUACACUGAUGGCAAGAUUUGUGUUUCGAUUCUCGGUCGUGCACAAGACGGUGAACAGCGUACUAUUCUUGGUGUUGCCUUUCUCCGUCAAUACUAUGUUACAUUUGACUAUGAUCGAUGGGCAGUAGGUAUUUCU